AUGCACUACAAUUCGUUUAAUUGCAAGCAGAACAUACUGGAGUAUUACACCUGCCAUGGUGGGGUGAAUCAACUAGGCGGGGUGUUCGUGAAUGGGCGCCCCCUUCCCGAUCUGGUCCGGCAGCGGAUUGUCGAGCUGGCGCACAACGGUAUCCGGCCGUGUGACAUUUCGCGCCAGCUGCGCGUCAGCCACGGUUGCGUCUCGAAGAUCCUUUCCAGAUACUACGAGACGGGCAGCUUUAAGGCGGGCGUGAUCGGAGGUUCGAAACCGAAGGUGGCAACGCCACCAGUGGUGGAAGCGAUCGCCGCCUACAAGCUCCAGAACCCGACCAUGUUCGCGUGGGAGAUCCGUGAUAAGCUGCUGGCGGAUGGUAUCUGUGUGCACGACAACGUGCCUAGCGUAUCGUCCAUCAAUCGAAUCGUACGGAACAAGGCAGCGGAGAAGGCCAAGUACAGCUCACAACGUUCGGACAACAGUAGUCUAGACAGUCCCAGGAUUCUUUCGCGCAACAAUCAACAGCAGCAGCAGCAGCAAAGCCAGCAGCAACAGGAGUGUCUCAAUCAGCAGAUGCAAGGCGAUCAGGAGUCGAUGAAGUCACCACAGCAGGUGGAGAACGUCGCGUCCCAGUCGUAUAGCAUCAACGGGUUGCUGGGACUGUCGCAGAAAUCGCUGUCCGGUUCGAGCUCGAAACGGCGUCGCAUCAAGGAAGAUCCUGCAGACCUGAAGGGCAGCAUGUUGAGCUGUAUCAAGCGCGAUAAGGAGGCGAAAGAGAUGUCGGAGAGCAUGCUGCACGAGAGCAUAGGCAAGGGAGGCCCCGGUCAGGAUCAGCAGCAACAGCAACAGGACAAAGGGCACGAUCUCUUCGUGGGCGGUGUGGAUUUCGUUAGUUCGCUCGCGAUGGCCCAGGACGAUGGUAACAAUCCGGAUAAUCAGCAGCCCGGCUUCAGCAGCAUGAGGGCCGGUCCACGGCCCGGCACGAUGAGUGGUAGUCCGAUCCGGUCGCGUGAAAAUGCCCUCUUCCUGCUGGCCGGUGGUGACAAGGCGCACAAAUACCACCGCACGGACGAACCCAUGCCGACCGGUGUGAUCAUCGAGGAUGAUAGCAGCGCACGGAAACAUCAGCAGGCCCAGCAGCAGCAGCAGGCACACCAGGCAAGCGACGUAAAGACGACCUACGAUAAGAUACUCGCCGGUGAGCUGGUGCCGGGCAGUGCGGUAAAGCGUACCACCACCACCGAACCCACCACCCUGACGCAGUCGAUCGAGUUCCUGAGCGACAUGAACAACAACAUCUCCCAGAACCAGCACCAAGGGUUUGCGGCGGCCGCGUACGAGGGUGCGUACAGUGCGGCGGAUGCGGCCGACACGGCCGUCCAGCUGAAUCCGCACCUGGCCGCCUGCUCGUCGAACUAUUCCGCUUUCCUGCAGAACACGGACCAGUUUGCGGCGGCCAACCCGGAACUGAUCUUCCCGACCGCCGCCUACACGCAGUACGCCGCGCCCGGGUACGGUACGUUCAACUACAACUCGUCCUUCGCCAACAACAACCUGUGCCGGGAUCUUGGCCAGAUUCACUAUCCCGAGGAGCAGUAG